AUGACAGAUCGGUUCGCUCGCACAGACGGAUCGACAACAGCACCAUGCAACACCACCGCGGGUUUCUACUGUGGAGGAACAUGGCGAGGAACCAUGGACCAUCUCGACUACAUUCAAGGAAUGGGAUUCGAUGCUGUGAUGAUCUCCCCUAUCAGUGAGAAUAUUCAUGGCCAAGUCUCCUAUGGCGAAGCCUACCACGGAUACUGGCCCUUGAACUUCGACAAUAUCAACUCUCAUUUUGGCACCCAUCAAGACUUGCUCGACCUCAGUGCCGCUGUCCACUCCCGGGGCAUGUACCUCAUGCUGGAUACGGUCAUCAACAACAUGGCCUACAUCACCAAUGGCAGCAAUCCCGCCACAAGCAUCGACUACUCCGUCUUCACACCCUUCAAUAACUCUGACUAUUUCCAUCCCUACUGCAAAAUCUCAGACUGGAAUAACAUGACCAAUGCUCAGCUAUGCCAGACAGGUGAUUUGGUCGUGCCGCUGCCGGAUCUUUACACAGAGCACGAGGAAGUGCAAAAUCUCAUGAUACAAUGGGCAAACAGAGUCAUCAAGACCUACUCCAUUGACGGGCUCCGGAUCGACGCCGCCAAGCACGUCAACCCAGGCUUUCUGCAGAGCUUCCGCACGGGUGUCGACAUUUUCAUGACAGGAGAAGUUCUUGAAGGUGCAGUCAGCAUCAUGGAGGAUUACCAGACCAAUUACAUCGACAGUUUGCCAAACUAUCCGAUCUAUUUCCAAAUUUUAGCUGCUUUUACACAAGGCAAUACUUCCGACUUGGCGCAAGCAGUGGAGGACAUGAGAAUCUCGAUGCCAGAUGUCAAUGCUAUGGCCUCUUUCUCUGAAAAUCACGACAAGCCUCGAAUUGGUAGCUUUUCCAAGGACAUGGCGAUGGCCAAGAAUAUCCUGGUAUUUACCAUGCUGUAUGACGGAAUCCCGAUGAUAUAUCAAGGUCAAGAGCAACAUCUGUCGGGAAACAGUGUGCCUGUCAAUCGAGAAGCCAUCUGGCUCACCAAAUACGACACCAACGCGGAGCUCUACCAACUGAUCGCAAAACUGAAUCGCGUCCGGAACCACGCAGCCUUCUUGAGCACAGACUACUUCGAUGACGCGACUCACACAAUCUUCCAGGGAGGCAGUGAGCUUGCUUUCACGAAAGGUGUGCAGGGUCGACAAGUGGUCAUGGUGUUAUCCACUCAACCUUCGACUAGUGGAGCCUACCAAAUCGACAUGCCAGUCAGCUAUAAUGCCGGUACGAUGGUGACUAAUGUUCUGAGCUGUAAGAACUAUACUGUUGACAACCAGGGCAUGCUGCAUGUCGAUAUGGACAAGGGAGAGCCCCGUGUUUUCUACCCUGCGAAACUCAUGGACGGUAUUGGUCUUUGUGGCUACCCUGAGUCCAACGUUUCCCUCGCGAUGUUGAAGACAAACAGUGAUACCACGUCAUACUCGGGUGGAAUCAAAACUACCAGUCAUGCUGGUCUAGCUACCAUUCUGCUAGCAGUGCUUGACAUAGCUUGCCUUGUCAUUUACAACAAUUCCGCGAUGCCGUUCCUCUGGUGUGGAUCUCGAGAGAAAGGCCAGAAAUGGAAACAGAUUGAAGAAGCAGCUGCGAAUCUAGAACAGCUGCCAUCAUGGAAUGCUCCAGAUAACUCGCUCAUACUGCAAACCUUUGAAUGGCAUGUUCCCGCCGACCGGCAGCAUUGGCGCCGUCUGCAGAAUCGCUUACCAGAGUACAAGGCCAUUGGCGUUGAUCAGAUCUGGGUUCCUCCUGGAUGCAAGGGAAUGGAUGCCAAUGGCAAUGGCUAUGACAUCUACGACCUGUACGAUUUGGGGGAGUUCGAUCAGAAGGGCGCUGUUCCUACGAAAUGGGGUACCAAACGCGAACUUGAAGACCUGAUGUGCCAAGCGCAAAACUUGGGCAUUGGUGUCAUCUGGGAUGCGGUGCUUAAUCAUAAAGCUGGCGCAGACUAUCCAGAGCCCUUCCAGGCUGUCAAGGUAGAUCCUAAACGGAGAGACUUGGAUAUAUCCAAGCCGACAGAAGUCAGCGGCUGGACAGGCUUUGAUUUCGCCGGUCGCAAUGAUAUGUACAGCUCAAUGAAGUAUCACUGGCAACAUUUCAGCGGCGUCGACUGGGACGACAAGAGCAAGCAAAGCGCAAUCUACAAGAUCGUCGAAUCCAACAAGGACUGGGCACAAGAUGUGUCUCCCGAGUAUGGAAACUACGAUUACCUGAUGUUCUCCGAUUUGGACCUUGCACACCCCGAAGUCCGCGCAGACCUCCUGCAAUGGGGAACUUGGAUCACCAAAUCCCUGAGCCUCAAUGGAAUGCGACUUGAUGCCGCUAAGCAUUUCUCAACCGAGUUCCAACGCGCAUUCGUGCAAUAUGUUCGGAAAACCGCCAACCCGGACUUCUUCGCGAUAGGAGAGUACUGGACUGGCCAUUUACCGUCCCUUUUGGAUUACCUCAAGAAAGUGGAAUAUGAUCUCCUUGCAUAUGAUGUGCCUCUUCUGGAGCGGUUCUCCAAGUUGUCCCAUGCACAGGCACCAGACCUUCGGGGGAUUUUCAAGGAUACAUUGGUACAGUGUCGGCCGGACCUCGCUGUGACCCUUGUCGCGAACCAUGAUACGCAACCAGGACAAAUGCUUGAGACCCCGGUAUCACCAUCCUUCAAAUUACUAGCAUACGCCCUGGUCCUCCUCCGCAAAGACGGCCAGCCAUGCGUAUUCUAUGGUGACCUGUACGGUAUACGAGCAAAUGUGGAUAAACCAAUGACACCAAGCUGUAACGGCCUCAUACCCGUACUAACCCAAGCCCGCAAACUCUACGCCUACGGCGAACAGCAAGACUACUUCAAUCAACCCAACUGCAUAGGAUUCGUCCGCUACGGAAACGCCCGUCACCCAUCCGGACUUGCGUGUGUUAUCAGCAACGCCGGUUCGGGCGCGCAGCGCAUGUAUGUUGGUCAACAGCAUGCAUAUGAGCAAUGGACCGAUGUAUUACAUCCCAACAUGAAACCUGUCAUUAUCAACAAGAAUGGCUAUGGAAAUUUCGGUGUUCAGGGGAUGAGUGCUAGUGUAUGGGUUGAUUCGGCUGCAGUGGACCGGGAUAAUAUCAAGAGAGACUUGUAUGAAUCCAUUCCCAUCCUCCCUUUGCCCGGUGAUGUCAAUAUCUACGAGAACUAG